AUGUCAUUUCGCACCACACCUCCGCCUUGGUGUCGCUCUUCUGCCCCGUAUUGUCUUGAGGAGAUGCACGUUGGUCCGGCGCUUCUGCUCCCUUGUCUCUUCUGUCCCCCGAGUCUCGCAAACGGCCAUGGGCAACUGGGUGUGGUACCGGUAGGUCUUUCACGGGAUCGACACGAUGGAAACCAGCCUCCUGUAAACGCCGUCACCUCUGUCUUGUGGGCAUCAGAACAAAAGUUGGAAAGAAUGGAUCAACCGUUGAACCGGGUCGCUUGGUGGAAUGGGAGCCGAGGGAAGCGCAUACGAUACACACACUAUGGAAGACAAUCGACGGUCCGCCGCGGUCAGAUGUACUGGGCUGAUUACCAUUACCAAAGCUGGUGA